ACCAAUAUGGAUGAUUCGCUUUAGCACGCCUGGUGGAAGGGUAGGUGGCAUCCUGUCCAUACACACGUUAAACCAUAACUAGUUCAUGUGAAACAUUAAUCCUGCCAUCACCGUUGCUGCCGUCCGUGGAUAACUAACUAGUUUUAAAUGUAUUAUUUCUGUUUUCGAUUAUUAAAGGUAACAUCGUGCCCGACGGACGACUUGUAAUCAAAUUAAACUAUACAUUUUUUCACAUCCAUUAUGAUAGUCCACUGCAGAGCUUGUGUGGAAAUGUAAAUAAAAAUUACAACACAACGUUCUGCGAAUAAUUCUAUUCGUUUUCCAUCCAUUCGUGCGCGUUGCGUACAACAUUCAGUCGGAUCGCAUUAAAAAUAUAUUGAAAAUUAAUACUCACAAUAUUAUAUAUUGUACACCAUGAGUGUCGCAGAAACAAAAAAAUCGUUUUUCGAUUCGUUUCUACUAGUUGCAUUGGCUAGUUUACUGGCAAUCCCAUUGCCUUCCGUCGCACAAACCACUUGCAAUCAAGGAAACGGUCGAAUUGUGUACGAAAGACUUCCAGACCAUCAGUUACAAGGAUUCGACGACGAUGUGGUAAGAGACACGGCACCGCCAUUUCGAGUACUGGAAAAAUGUCAAGAGCUGUGUUUGCGCGACCGAACGGCCACUAACAAUCUUGUGCGGACUUGCACUUCUUUUGACUUCCAACCGGGAAGUCGUAUAGCGUCGUUUAGCGGUACCGUGGAAUAUGAAGAAUCGACUUGUUACCUGACAAGAGAACAAGCGCACCCAGAAGGUAUUGGUGUGCUGGUCCUGGUCCCCAAUAGUGUCCACUACACCGAAGUUUGCUUAUCGUCUAGCCGAAUUGAAAGAGAGUGCGUCAGUAGGCACUAUGUUUUUGAAAGACACACCAGAAAAAAACUUAAGUUGCCAAACACAGACUACAAGGAGAUGAUAGCGGCCAACCGAACCGAUUGUGAAGAUAAAUGCUUGAACGAAUUCACGUUUGUCUGCCGUUCGGCUACGUAUGACUCGGUAGCCAAAACGUGUUGGUUAUCCAGAUUUACAAGGAGAUCUCAUCCGGAGAUGCUCGAAGAUGAUCCGAAUUCGGAUUACUUAGAAAAUACUUGCUUAAACAUGGAGAGACGUUGUGACGGCUCGGUCAUCUUCAUCAAAGAAGAAAACAAGAGAUUGGGCGGACCUUUCGAAGUGGACAUUUACGCUAACCUAUCGUUGAUCGAGUGCCAAGCCCAGUGCUUGAGGGCCGAAAAAUACUUUUGCCGCGCAAUCGAGUACGACGAACAAAUCCGUAGAUGUAUAAUAUUCGAAGAAGACUCUAUGUCUCAGAAGGACGACCUGAGAGUGAGCAGCAGUCCGACGCACGACCUCUACGACUUGGUCUGUUUAGACAACCGUGGUGAUUCGCUUAUAGCAAAGGGCAACGAGUUCUCGGACAACGCGGUCACUUCGCAUCUGUUUGCCGACGGCCGUAGACCGGACACGGCGUUUCAGCGCUACAGGAACAGCAGGCUCGGCGGGGAAUUCCAUUCGGAAAUCACGGGACGAUCGUUGAGCGAGUGUCUGGACGAAUGUCUGCGACAGGUGAGCUUCCAGUGUCGGUCGGCCGUGUACAGCGAUCGAUUUCGAAUAUGCAGGCUCAGCCGUUUCAAUCAGAGAGACGGGCACAGAGUGAUCUACGACGCUGACUACGAUUAUUAUGAAAAUCUGAUAAACGGUGUUGGAUCGCAGCCAUUUGUCAAACCCGACACCGUAGGAUCGGGUUCAAACUUCCUGGGCAGUGGUAAACCACCGUAUCCUACACCGGGAAAACCAAUUGGCACUGGAUUUGGCGGCAUUUACGGAGGAGGAUCGUAUCCGGGAUACGCGAGUGGCGGUGGACUACCGUUGGGAGGCUUAAACGCGGGUAUCGGACCACAACAGUACCCGAGUGAUAGUCCUGCGGGAUAUUGGGGUCACGGAACGGGCGAUGCGCCUGGAUUUUUGGGACAAGGCGGUGGUGGCGGGUUGAGCGGUGGUAGUUACGGAUACGGAUCGACACCUGCCAUUCUGGGAUCCGCAAUACCGCCGUAUGCCCCUUCGGCUAUUCCCAGUGGAUUACCACCUUUCGGGGGAGCACCUUCUAUAGGCCCACCGUUGGGAAUACCUGGAUAUUUUGGCGGAGGCAACGGUAUCGGCGGUGGAGUAGACGGGAAUAGACCAUUCAACAUAAGAUGUGACGACGACGGCUUCAAACAGAUGGGUGUACGGAUGCGGAUGACGAGAGGACUGAUCAAGCGUUUCAUUACCGCGCCUACGCUAUCGCAUUGUGAACGGGAAUGUUCUAUGGCGAGAGACAUCAACUGUCGGUCGUUCAAUUACAGGACGGCACCGUACGGAGCCCAGAGGGAAAACUGUGAAUUAAGUGACCAGGAAUCUCGAUUAGUUGACAUGGGCAACCCGGCAUUUUUCGAGAACGCUCCGGAUUACGAUUUCUACGAAAAGGCCGCCAUGGGAAGUCGAAUCAGUCAGGAGUGUCUGGAUGUUACUCAAGUGUGCAACGAAGAUGGAAUGGAAUUCACUUUACGCACUCCCGAAGGUUUUUUGGGACGCAUAUACACUCAUGGAUUCUAUGACAGAUGUUUCUAUAGGGGCAACGGUGGUACGGUGAAUGUUUUGCGGAUCAGUGGCGCUCAGGGAUAUCCGGACUGCGGAACAUUGCGGUACGGGGACACCAUGACUAAUAUAGUUGUGGUGCAGUUCAGCGAUUACGUGCAGACCAACCGAGACAAACGGUACAAUUUGACUUGUUUAUUUCGAGGCCCAGGUGAGGCUGUCGUCACAUCGAGUUACAUGACUGCAAAUUCCGGAAGUCCAAUGCCUAUUGAAUAUUUGCCGGCCGAGAAUUCAUUGAGCUCACGCGUUCGUCUGAGCAUUUUGUUCCAAGGUCGUCCCACGCAGACAAUCGCUGUUGGAGAUCCGCUGACGUUCCGUUUGGACGCUCAAGACGGGCACAGCUAUGCCAGCGACAUUUUCGCGACCAACGUUAUAGCUAGAGAUCCAUACAGUGGCAGAAGUGUACAAUUGAUUGACCGUUACGGAUGUCCCGUAGACAAUUAUGUAUUUCCCAGUUUGGACAAGUCUCGAGAAGGAGACGGCCUUGAAGCCAGAUUCAACGCGUUCAAAAUACCAGAGUCCAAUUUCUUGGUGUUCGAAGCUACUGUGAAGACUUGUCGAGAUGGAUGUCAACCGGCUUACUGUACCCUACAAGCCGGAAGAACGGAACCGUCAUUGGGCAGAAGACGUAGAAAUGUGGACGAUCAAGAUCAAAACGAAACGACUGUGGAAGAACCCAAUGGAGCCGUUCUAACGGAAGAAGAGAAAGUCAGACAAGUCAUUGAAGUGUACGAAAGCCGGUACGACAUGCCUCUGGAACAAACCAUGACGUCCGAACCAGCUCCAGAGAGUGUGUGUUUGACGAGCAGGGAAUAUUAUAGCAUGAUUUUCUCGCUCUUCAUGUUCUUGACGUUACUGAUAACGGCUUCCAUGUCUGCCGGCAUCUACUACAAGCGUUACUGGCUUUUAAUUGCUAAAGAAGAGAUGGCCAAUAGCAAUUCCGGGCUGGGCGACGUUUGUUCCAAGCGCAGCAAUAAAUCAACGAAUCAGUUAAGGUCGUUUUCCGGGCGCAGCUUCUUCUCAAACAUGUCGUUCAGCAACCGCAGACCGUUCCUGAACAUCCGACCUCCCGCCGAAACAAUGGCCGAACCGACGACAAACAAUGACACGACUUUGAUAAUGGAAGGACCGAAGACGAAACGUUUCGGAGACCCAAGCGAACCGAUUUACACCGACCCGUCGCUUUUCGAACGAUCCCGAAGUCUGCGAAGCAUAGUUUAUUCGACCGAUAACGUUUACAAUAACGAAGCUCUGUACCACUGACACACGUGGUUAGGUUAGGUGUGCGACACAAAAGUUAAAAAACUACAUGGUUUCCAUGGCAUACGGGUUACAUGCUGUCUAUAUAAUUGCAUGCAAUAACCGUUUUGGUACACAAAAUACAUAAUAUAAAUUUUUUUUUUAUUGCGCGACAAUCGAGUAGCAUAUUUCCAAAACUAAUUGUCUAGACUAUAUUUUGAGAAAAUGUUAGGAAAAAUAAGGAAAUCAACAAAAUUGUCUGAACAGUUUAAAACAACUAUACAAUAUAUUACAAACGGUUUUAAUUUUAAUUGCUCUAUAUUUUGAAUUUUUUUCCCUACGUCAAUACGGUUAAACCUAAGGGAAAUAUUUAAGAAAAAU